CCGGCUGCCGCGCGCGGACCGGCGGGCUGAGCUUGGCCACUCGGCGGGGGCGCACGACUGCGGGGGACCCGGACCCGACCGCGGGCCCUGUUCGCACUUCCGAGCCGUGGGAGCACGGGGCGCGGGAGCCAUGCAGUCGGAGUCGGGCAUCGUGCCGGAUUUCGAAGUCGGGGAGGAGUUUCACGAAGAGCCCAAAACCUAUUACGAACUCAAAAGUCAGCCCCUGAAGAGCAGCAGUUCCGAGGAGCAUCCUGGGGCCUCCAAGCCUCCGAUAAGCUCCUCCAGUAUGACAUCACGCAUCUUGCUACGCCAGCAACUCAUGCGUGAGCAGAUGCAGGAGCAGGAGCGCAGGGAGCAGCAGCAGAAGCUGCAGGCAGCCCAGUUCAUGCAACAGAGAGUGCCCGUGAGUCAGACACCAGCUAUAAACGUCAGCGUGCCCACCACCCUUCCCUCUGCUACCCAGGUGCCCAUGGAAGUCCUUAAGGUGCAGACCCACCUUGAAAACCCUACCAAGUACCACAUACAGCAAGCCCAAAGGCAGCAGGUAAAGCAGUACCUUUCUACCACUUUAGCAAAUAAACAUGCCAACCAAGUCCUGAGCUUGCCAUGUCCAAACCAGCCUGGCGAUCAUGUCAUGCCACCAGUGCCCGGGAGCAGCGCACCCAACAGCCCCAUGGCUAUGCUCACACUUAACUCCAACUGUGAAAAAGAGGGAUUUUAUAAGUUUGAAGAGCAAAACCGGGUGGAAAGCGAAUGCCCCAGUAUGAACACGCAUUCACGCGCAUCCUGCAUGCAGAUGGAUGAUGUAAUUGAUGACAUCAUUAGUUUAGAAUCGAGUUAUAAUGAAGAAAUCCUGGGCUUGAUGGAUCCUGCCUUGCAAAUGGCAAAUACGUUACCUGUGUCUGGAAAUUUGAUUGAUCUUUAUGGAAACCAAAGCCUGCCCCCUCCCGGUAUUACCAUCAGCAACUCGUGUCCAGCAAACCUUCCCAACAUCAAAAGGGAGCUAACAGCGUGUAUUUUCCCCACAGAGUCUGAAGCGAGAGCAUUGGCUAAAGAAAGGCAAAAAAAGGACAAUCACAACUUGAUUGAACGGAGAAGAAGAUUUAAUAUAAAUGACCGAAUUAAAGAACUAGGUACUUUGAUUCCCAAGUCAAAUGAUCCAGACAUGCGCUGGAACAAGGGAACCAUUUUAAAAGCAUCUGUUGACUAUAUCAGAAAGCUGCAGCGAGAACAGCAACGUGCAAAAGAACUUGAAAACCGGCAGAAGAAGUUGGAGCAUGCCAACCGGCAUUUGUUGCUCAGAAUCCAGGAACUUGAAAUGCAGGCUCGAGCACAUGGACUUUCCCUCAUUCCCUCCACUGGUCUCUGCUCUCCGGAUCUGGUGAAUCGACUCAUCAAGCAAGAACCAGCCUUGGAGAACUGCAACCAAGACCUUCUUCAGCACCACGCAGACCUAACUUGUACCACCACACUAGAUCUCACCGACGGCACCAUCUCCUUCCACAACAACCUGGGAACGGGGACCGAGAACAGCCAAGUCUAUAGUGUCCCCCCCAAAAUGGGAUCCAAACUGGAAGACAUCCUCAUGGAUGAUACCCUUUCCCCCGUCGGAGUAACGGAUCCCCUUCUGUCGUCCGUGUCUCCAGGAGCCUCCAAAACCAGCAGCCGCAGGAGCAGUAUGAGCAUGGAAGAUGCAGAGCACGCCUGUUAGCCAGCUGCCCUGCGCUACCCUCACAGACUGCUUCCUUUCUUGAUUAGUAGAUUUAAUAAUUUACCUGAAGGGUUUUUUUUUCCAUGAUAAUUUUCCUUUAAUAUGAAUUUUUUUCAUGCUUUAUCAAUAGCCCAAGAUAUAUUUUAUUUUUAGAAUUUUGUGAAACAAGACUUGUAUAUUCUAUUUUACAACUACAAAUGCCUCCAAAGUAUUGUACAAUGAGUGUACAGUAUCUGUGAACUGAAUUCACCCUGGACUUUAGCUUUCUGAGCAAGAGGAUUUUUUUGCAUCAGAGCAAUUUCUGUCCAUUUUUAUUCAGGGGAAACUUGGUUUGAGAUUUUUAUGCCUGUGACUUCCUUGAAAAUUAAAUGUAAAAUUUAAUUGAAAGAAUGUAAGGUGGCAGAGAGAGAGAGAGAGAGAGAGAGAGAGAGAGAGAGAGAGAGGAAAGAGAGAGAGAGGGAGAAGAAAAGAAAUUCUUGCAAUUUUAUUCCUUCCUGUUUUAUAAAUGUAUUCACUCGUUGGUACUGCCUUAAAGAUACAGUACCUAGCAUCAUUUAGUCUUUGUACUACAAACUAUUUAAAGAAAUACUAUAUUCAGUCAAAGAAAAAAUAUACUACAACCAUUUCUUUGAGGAUAGUAUGAUUAGAGAACAUAACUUAUCCCUUACUUAGGUACAAUGGAAAUGGAAAGGAGACAGACCAAGGCUCAGAAAUGUGGGAUCUACCCUGGCUUUUUUUACUAUGUGCUCUGUUACAGUUUUCCUUUUCAAUGCGAUACAGUUUUUCAGAAGAUAUAUUUUAUUUAGAAAUGGAAAUUAAUGUCUCAAAGUAAAGUAUUGAAGAGUAAUGAAAGUUUGACAUUUUUAUUUUUUUUCUCUUUUGAUAAGAAAACUAAACUGGGCACAUUUCUAAUUGGCUUUAGUUUUUUUAUUUUUAAAUCAUUUCAUUGUUCAUUUGAUUUGUACAGAUUCCUUAUUAUCAUCAUUCUUUUCAAUAUGUUUGUAUUAAUUUGUAAGCAAAUGCAUCGUAAAAUGACAAGUUUUCAAUAUUUUUACAAUUCACUGGUAGUUUUCUGCAUCCUUUAUACACACAUGAAAGAAAACUUUUAUGCAAGGUUUAUGUUUGAAGAGAGCUUUGCGAAUAUUUUGUAUAUUACAAUCUCACUCAGAACUGUUUUCCACACAUUUAAGGUGUAGUAUUAAUAGGUUAAAACCAGCUUUUUAGAGAUAAACUUACCUAUUUAUUUUUAGUGAUAUAAAAAUAGCAAUAUUCUUGGAGACUGAUACCUGUAGUGCUAAUACACCCAGUAUGGUCCUAAAAAUUGGGCUUUAUUUCAGCAAACUUGCUGAGUGUUUUUUAAAAGAGAGGAAUACUGUAUUGGCAAAUUACUGUUACUUGAUAACAAUGUUUAACAAGCAGCAAUGUUGUAAAGUUAGUUUCAGUGCAUUAUCUACUUGUGUAGUCCUAUGCAAUAACAGUAGUGUUACAUGUAUCCUAUCAGUCCUAGAUGUUUUAUACAGAUGACAUAUGGUGUUAAGAGGCAGGCUGCUGAAUGGAAUUUCUCAGUAGCAGCCUACAGUUGAAUAGCUAGUGGCAUAAUGCAUAUCCAUUCAGAAUGAAGUGCCUUAAAUAUAGCAGUAGUCUUUUUUGGACUAGCACUGACUGAACCGUAAUAUAGGAGAAGGUUUCAAGAUGGUAUCUAUAGUUAAAAAGAACGUAUAGCAUGGUGCCUAUGUAGACAAUAUAAGAGCUUCCAAUUUUCCCUCAGAUAUUUUUAAUAUUAAAUAUAUUUUAGUGACAGUGCCAACUUCUUUCAUCAGAGAACCUUAUUCCAGAGGGUUUUUUAAAAAAAAAAUAAAAAAGAUAGAAAAUGAAUUUAAAUAUCAAAUGUGAAUUGGUGAUGGGUGUUGGAGGGUUCAGAUAGAAGGAGUGAUUGUAAGAUGUGCUUGAAUGGAUGGCUUAUACAAAAUCGUUCCAUUGGAGAUUGGACAGUGAGAAUCCUUGAAACCAUUGAUGAUGCUAUCGUUUUUAUAGCUUUAUUACUUAAGGGGGUAGGGAAAAUUUGUUCCCAUUCUUUCAACUCCCUUAAUUGUAUAGCCCUUUUCCUAGAAUAGUGAUGCAAAUAUGCAUGAACAGCUAAUUGUACCAUAGUAUUCAUUGAUACAAUCAUAGCAUUGUCUAUUUUUCUCUUCAUAUUUAUAUGGGGGGAAGGGGUGUUGAGUGCAAAUGUCGAAGAUUGCGCUGGUAUGAUGCGAGUUUUCCUUAGCUGAUUUUGAUUGGGUCUUAAAAUAAAGCAAGGUUUACUCAUCCAGUGACCUAGAGACUAUGGCCCUGGUUGAGUAACUUAAUAGAAAGCAUUGUUGAAAGAAAUGGCAUCUUGUACCACUGCCCUGGCCCGCAACUCCUGAGCUCACCAUUAUCUGUGUUCAUUCCCUUUCUUAAGAGACAAUUUCUGGGAGUGACAGAUGAAUCGGCCAGGAGAAUGCUGAAACCUGUGGAGUGGUUUUAUUUAUUUCUUUUUUGCCAAACAGAGUGUGGAUUCAUCUUAGGACCUUGUUCAGCCAAGAGGCAGUGAUUUGGGCUUGUCAUUUAGAACAGUAAGAGAAUGAUCCAUACCACUCCCCAGCCCCUGGGUGCAGAAUUUUGACUCGGGGUUGGGCCUUUAUUUGGAGUGACCAAAAUGCCAAACUUGUCCACCUGCCUUUAGAUAAGGCAAUGGAAAUACCAAACCUUCUGACUUUGCCAAAAAAAAAAAUACAACCAACCUGGUCAUACAUAGGAUAACAAAGUUUCUUCUGGUUGUUUUUAAAUACUAAAGCAAUAAGAACAAAUUAAGUACAUCGGAAAUUAAAAAGACAUGAAAUAAAGCACAAAGGAAUGUACUUACUAAUAUUUUUAAAUGCACUGGGGGAAAGUUGAUGUUAAUAACAGUAUAUAUAUAUAUAUAAAAUCCCUACUUCUUGAAAAAAAUGACAAAUUACUGUCUCUUGCGGACGCUUGGUACUGUAAUGUUAAUAAUAGUCAUUUGCUGUUGGAUGCAGCAAUAAUUUCUGUAUGGUCCAUAGCACUGUAUAUUAUGGAUCAAUAUUAAUGUAUCCAAUGAAAUAAUUGAACUGUUGUUCUUGAUAGCCUCAUUAAAACAUUUGGUUUUUCACAUA